GAAUCUCCCCGUAUCACUCAAUACCACUGGCGACGACCAUGGCAAUGAUCUCAUUGUUGAAGUAAUCGUCCCCAAUUCUUAAAUAUAUCCAACACCCAUCUACAUCAUCGUCGAGGUCAAUCACAUUUUCUUCCAUCUCCAAUUCCAAUCCUUACUAUUUAUUUAUAUCACCAAAAUGCUUCGCUUCCACUUCAUCAAACUCACCUCUCUCUUCCCUCCCAAACCCUCACCAUUUCCACUUCGAUCACAAAUGGGUUCGUUUUCCACUUCCACUUCCUCUUCCUCCAAGCUCCUGUUCCGCCAGCUUUUCGAGAAGGAAUCGUCUACCUACACGUAUCUUCUUGCUGAUUCUUCACACCCUGAUAAACCAGCACUUUUGAUUGACCCGGUUGAUAGGACAGUGGAUAGAGACUUGACACUUAUUAAAGAGCUGGGUUUGAAGCUUGUUUAUGCCAUGAACACACAUGUACAUGCAGAUCAUGUCACUGGGACUGGCCAAAUCAAGGGAAAAGUUCCUGAUGUAAAAUCUGUUAUUUCAAAAGCAAGUGGUGCAAAAGCAGAUUUACAUGUGGUGCCAGGCGAUAAAAUCCACUUUGGUAAUCUUUUUCUUGAGGUUCGUGCAACUCCUGGUCAUACUGCGGGUUGCAUUACCUAUGUUACAGGAGAUGGACCUGAUCAACCUCAACCUAGGAUGGCAUUCACUGGAGAUGUCCUAUUAAUACGUGCAUGUGGAAGGACAGACUUUCAGGGUGGGAGUUCAGAGCAGCUUUACAAAUCAAUCCAUUCACAGAUUUUCACACUGCCGAAGGACACAUUGAUCUAUCCAGCUCAUGAUUACAAGGGAUUCACUGUUAGCACUGUUGGAGAGGAGCUGCAAUAUAAUCCACGCCUAACAAAGGAUGAGGAAACUUUCAAGAACAUCAUGGCAAAUCUUAACCUGUCAUAUCCAAAAAUGAUCGACGUAGCUGUCCCAGCUAAUUUGGUUUGCGGAAUCCAAUCCGAAACAAACUGAGCUUUUACAAGUCUUGUCUGAUAGUCAAUACAGUGAUGUUAUUCUUAUACCCUUUGCAAGUAAAGGAAAAGGAAAAUGUUAUUUUCCCUUUGAGUUGAAGAGAAACAUGCAAAUGUAAAUAAAUAAAUUGAUUAUUGUGGGGGCAUCAAUAUAAUCUAUAAUUAGAUUCCA